UUACAGAGCACCUUCCUCCAUCGCUAAGUGCUACUUGCUAAUUGUUAACUGACAAAAAGCAGAAAACUGAACUCCUUUAUUUGAUAAGAUAAACUCACAGUGCCAUAAAGAGCGAACACAGAUGUCUUUAAUGCUUAUUAUUUCCUAUUUAUUUCCGUUUGUGUUCUGAUUUUUUAAUGGUCGAAACCCUGAGGAGAGAAGGAAUGGCUUGGAGAGAGAAGCGAAAGGGCGCUUUUUGGUCAACAUUAACGAGGGUUUUGUUCUUGUUUUUGGUCUUUGUUGCAACGACGACGACGACGGCGAAAGAACUGAGUCAGCAAAUACAACAGCCGCACAAGCACGCGUACGCCACCAUGAUGUACAUGGGAACGCCGAGAGACUACGAAUUCUACGUGGCAACACGUGUCCUAAUCAGAUCGCUUGGUAGACUCCACGUCGACGCUGAUCUUGUUGUCAUUGCCUCCGUCGACGUUCCUUCCCGAUGGAUUGAAGCUCUGGAACAGGAAGAUGGAGCAAAAGUGGUGAGAGUGGAGAAUCUUAAUAACCCAUACAAGCAUUUUGACAAGAGAUUCAAGCUGACAUUGAACAAAAUCUAUGCAUGGAAUCUAGUGGAUUACGAACGGGUGGUCAUGCUUGAUUCUGAUAACCUGUUUCUUCAAAACACUGAUGAAUUGUUCCAAUGUGGACAGUUUUGUGCUGUUUUCAUUAACCCGUGUAUCUUCCAUACAGGCCUCUUUGUGUUGCAGCCAUCAGAGGAGGUGUUCAAGAAUAUGCUUCAUGAACUGGAAAUUGGGAGAGAAAAUCCAGAUGGUGCGGACCAGGGUUUUAUCAGUGGAUAUUUUUCUGAAUUGCUUGAUCAGCCAAUGUUCCAUCCUCCCCCAAAUGCCUCCAAGCUUAAUGGCCAGUAUAGGCUUCCUCUGGGUUAUCAAAUGGAUGCCACAUAUUACUAUCUUAGACUUCGAUGGAACGUACCCUGCGGGCCAAAUAGUGUAAUUACAUUUCCUGGUGCACCAUGGUUGAAGCCAUGGUAUUGGUGGUCAUAUCCUGUUUUUCCAUUAGGAAUUUCAUGGCAUAACACUCGUCUUCAAACUCUAGGAUAUGGUGCAGAGAUGCCAAUAGUGCUUAUUCAAACAGUAAUUUACCUGGGAAUAAUAGCAGUGACUCGUCUAGCACGGCCUAACAUCCCAAAGCUGUGCUAUCGGCGGAUCGACAGGAGUGUCUCCUUGAUUCAAGCAGGCCUGAAAUUAGUAGCAAUAUGGUCCAUUCUUGCUGCUUACAUAGUACCCUUCUUUCUUGUACCUACAACGGUGCAUACAAUAUUAGGCUGGUUAUUAUACUUACUAGGCACUUUUGCACUUUCCUCUAUGGCAACCAAUUCAUUUUACUUGCCAAUGCUUCCUGCUGUGUCUCCAUUGCUGUUGAUAUUUGGCUCACUUUUGGUCAUGGCAUUUCCUUGGUACUCGAACGGUAUUGUAAGAGGUUUAGUUAUAUUUGGCUACGCUUUCUGCAGCUCACCGUUUGUUUGGGUUUCAUUUGUUAAGAUUAUGGCAUGUCUACAAGUCUCGCUUGAAAGGGAAGCCUUUUUCCCUAGAUUGGGUGAAUCUACACCGCCUCCUGGAUUUAACAAGUUGUACUAAGGAGCAAGCCUUCCUGGGUAAAAGAUUUUGUAGCUGAUUUUUUUUUUUUUUUUUCUUUUGUGGGAGAAGGCUAUGGGAAAGUUGCUCUCCUGGGUAUAAUUUUUUUUCCCUUUGUACAACACUUGAUACAUUUUAGAAUAGCGGUCGCUCAGCUCCCUUCAAUUAGAACAGUGGCUAUAUAAUGACACACAUUGCUUCAUUAAUUAUUCAAUUGCUUUCAUGGAAA